CGCUUCCCUCAGCGGGCCAGGGCGUAACGUUACCUCACCUCCCCUCUCCUCUCUCCAGCUUCGCCUCUGAACUCAUUCCCAGCUCCCCCUCAGUCCUCUGUGCGCCGUCCUGCGCGUCUCCCCCUUUCAUCCCCCGGCCCUCUCCACAACGGUGGAUUCAUGCUCAGCUCUCGCCCUCCUCGGUCGCCAUGCAGAACAACCACAACAAGGAGCAUCUCUAUAAGAUUCUUGUCAUAGGGGACCUCGGUGUGGGCAAGACCAGCAUCAUCAAGCGGUAUGUGCAUCACAACUUCAGCCCCAAUUACCGAGCCACCAUCGGGGUGGACUUCGCACUCAAAGUCCUCAACUGGGACCAGGAGACGGUGCGUCUGCAGCUGUGGGACAUUGCAGGUCAGGAGAGGUUUGGCAACAUGACCCGCGUGUACUACCGUGAGGCCAUGGGCGCCUUCAUCGUGUUUGACGUCACAAGGCCCGCCUCCUUUGAGGCCGUCACCAAAUGGAAGGAGGACUUGGAUUCCAAACUGACACUUGCCAAUGGGAAACAUGUAGCCACUGUGCUUUUGGCCAAUAAAUGUGACCAGGGCCGGGAUGUUCUGACCAAUAAUGGAAUAAAGAUGGAGCAGUUCUGCCAGGAGAACGGCUUUGUGGGAUGGUACGAGACGUCUGCCAAGGAAAACAUCAACAUCGAUGAAGCGGCGAACUGCUUGGUGAAACACAUCAUUGCCAGUGAGAAUGACAUGCUCCAAUCAGAAGUCCCCGACACCAUCACCCCCCAGUUAGAGAAUGACAAAGGCGGGACAUGCUCCUCCUGCUUCAGAUCCCAGUAACUGCCCCCGACAGUUGGAUGUCCUUUUGUAUCUCUUUACACACAAAGUUGAGUUUGUCUGUGAGCAAGAGACAGAGGGAGAACCACUUUUUAAGGAAGGAAGUAGGGUUGCCAACUGUUUUUCCUGUGUGG